AUGGCAGAAGAAAGAGUCAUUGACCCUGUGCUUCUUGAUCCUGAGCGGCGUUCCCUUUGUCGGUUUCCGACAAGUGUUUACGAUCGGACAACUAAUCCGUUGCUCUAUCCGUUGUCGGGACAUUACUCCGAGAAUAUUCCCAAUGAAUCAAUAGAAUCUAGCGCAGGAACGAAGAACAAAUUAGCAAAACAGAAACCAGCUACCGCAAACACGGCCGGCUCCUUCCCAAAAACACGACGGCAGCCGGGACGGGAGGCAACAAAGGCUAACCUUCAGCUAAGUGCGGAGCCUAGCGCGAAGAAGUCAAGGAAUCAUCGUCAAAGAUCUCUCGAAAGAAACCGCGUAGCAGCUUCAAAAUGUCGGAAACGCAAGAAGCAGUGGACAAAAAACCUAGAACAGAAGCAAUCUUGCCUAGAAUCAAUCCACCUUCAGCUUCAGGCGGAAUGCAUGAACCUCCGCAAAGAGUCGUCUCAGCUGAAGAACUACCUGAUAAGCCAUGCAAGCUGCCAGGAUGCCAACAUUGAUGGUUGGAUAAACAGCGAGGCUUUAAAAUAUGCUCGCAAUCUACAAUCUGCGAAUCGUUUGAGUAGAAAUGUCUCAACUUCAAUGAAUUCAUCGAGUACCAGUGCUGUUUCUGUCAUAUCGCAAGAAUCACUAGACCUCGGAAAUGAAGACUUGGAAAGUGAUGAAUAUUCUGACGAGGAUGAUGACUCACAAGGCGAUUCGGAGGGCUGA